UUUUAUUUUUACCGUGAGGGGUAGAUGACAUUGGAAGAUGGCAUUAGAAUCCACCCGCUGCAAUGUGAUAAAAAGCCCGUUCGUCCCUCCCCUCUGCACGUCUGUCUGCAUCGUAGCAUCAGCGCCAUGAUUUCUCUCGGUAAAAUAGCGACCGCCCUUGUGGCAUUGGCGUCCGUCUCGAACGCGUUGGAGAGGUUUCCCGAAUCUCCAAUCGAUCGCUAUGAGCGAACCCACGAGCCUCAUCUCGCACGCCGGCAAAGCGCCGGCAACCCCCUGACCAGGCUCUACCCCGAGUACAACCUGUCGGUCCCCAUCGACCACUACCACAACGAGACCAGGUACGAGCCGCACGCCGACGGGACCUUUCCCCUGAGGUACUGGUUCGAUGCGCAGUUCUACAAGCCCGGCGGCCCCGUCAUCGUGCUCAGCGCCGGCGAGACCAGCGGCGUCGGCCGGCUGCCGUUCCUGCAAAAGGGCAUCGUCUACAUCAUGGCCAAGGCCCUCGGCGGCGUGGGCGUCAUCCUCGAGCACCGCUACUACGGCACCAGCGUGCCGACUCCCGACUUUAGCACCGAGAACCUCCGCUUCCUGACCACGGAGCAGGCCCUCGCCGACACGGCCUACUUUGCGCAAAACGUAAAGUUCAAGGGCCUCGAGGACUACGACCUCAGCCCUGCCGCCACUCCCUGGAUCGCCUAUGGCGGUUCGUACGCGGGCGCCUUCGUCGCCUUCCUGCGCAAGGUGUACCCCGACGUGUUUUGGGGCGCCAUCUCGUCGUCCGGCGUCCCCGUGGCCAUCUGGGACUACUGGAAGUACUUUGAGGCGGCCGCCGUCUACGGGCCGGCCGCGUGCGUCGAGACGACGCAGAAGCUGACGCACGUCGUCGACACGCUCCUCCUGGGCAAGGCGGGCGACGACCCGACGUCGCAAAAGGUCAAGGCCGCCUUUGGGCUCGAGUUCGUCAAGGAAAACGCCGACUUUGCGAGCGCCAUCGCCGGCGGCAUCUACGGCCUGCAGAGCUACAACUGGGACCCGGCCACCAGCAGCAGCACCGACAGCUUCUUCCAGUACUGCCGCAACGUGUCGUCCGACGCCGUCCUCUACCCGGCCACCGCGGCCAAGCGGGACGCCGUGCGCGACAUCAUCACCGAGGCCGGCUACGGCGACGAGCUGGACGUGCUCGAGACCCGCAUGCUCAACUACAUUGGCUACGUCAACCUGACCACCGUCUCGCGGUGCACGGCCAGGGACAAGUCGACCUGCUUCGACAGCUACAACCCGGCCUCGUACCAGAGCGCCACCCUCCGCGACACGUGGCGGCUGUGGCAGUACCAGGUCUGCACCGAGUGGGGCUACCUGCAGACGGGAUCCGGCGUGCCCGAGGACCAGCUGCCGCUCAUCUCGCGCCUCGUCGACCUCGAGUACAGCACCAUCGCCUGCAGGGAGGCCUUCAACCUGACCGGCGAGGCCGACGUCGCCAACAUCAACAAGUACGGCGGCUUUGACAUAAGCUACCCGCGCCUGGCCUUUGUCGACGGCGAGUGGGAUCCGUGGCGGGCGGCAGGCGUCAACGCCAUCGGGCAGACCGUCCGCAACUCCACCGUCGACGAGCCCGUCUUCUUGAUGCCCGAGGCCGUGCACCACUGGGACGAGAAUGGAGUAUUCCCCAACGAGACGAUUCCGGGAUACUUUCCGCCUCUGAGCGUGUCGGGGACGCAGAUGCAGAUGGUGAACUUUGUCGAGGUGUGGUUGAGCGAGUGGAAAAAGCUGUGAUGUGUCAUGUGUCAUGUGUGUGUGUGUGUGUGUUGUGAAUGCUCAUAGUUAAUAUUAAUAAUUAAGGGUAUAAAAUAGUAUGCUACUCAUAAGUCCG